AUGUCAUUAUCCAAUUUAAUUCGUAUACCUUUAGUCUUACCGAAUGUUGAUGUAUUUACAUUUGGAGAAUCAUCUCUUUUUGGUUAUGAUUCAUUAAAUCAUUGUCUUAUUGUUCAUUCAUUAAUUGAAGGAAAUCAUUUAAAUAAUGAUCAAUCAAUUCAUCGUUUAUAUUUAUCAUCAUCACCAACUUCAUCUAUUCGACAAUUGAUUUUAAAUCCAGAUGAAACAAUACUUGCUCUUAUUUCGGAUAAAAUAGCUUAUCUUGUCUAUUUACCACAAUCAAAUAAUUCACCUUCAAAAGGUUCUCGUCUUUGUCCAAUAAAUGUUGUUCCAUUUCCACCAUCAAUAAAUUCUACACAAUUAAAUAAUUCUUUAAUUGAUUUUCUUUGGUUAUCAUCAAUUCAUUUUGUUAUUGUUUAUUCAAUUUCAUCAUGUGACUGUCAUCUUUAUAUUGUUCGACCAUUAAAACAUAAUGAAAUUAAAUAUAUUCAAACAUUUUCUGUUGGAUCAAUAUCAAAAAAAGAAAAACAUUCUGUAAUAUCAAAUAAACGAAUCUCUAUUCAUCAAUCAUCAUCUAUUAUUAAAUUAGAUUUAGCUAAAAGAAAACAAGAAGAUUUUCUAUUACUUCUUAUUUUUGCUAUUCAAGCUGAUGGAAAUAUUUUUAUUAUGGAAAUUGAUCAAAAUCAAUUAUUAAAUUAUAGUGAAAAACGUUUAUCAUCGGAAUUUCUUGGUCCAAUUCGUAUCUAUCCAUCAACAUAUGAUAAUUAUGGUUCUGAUUAUAGUCAUUCAAAUAUUCUUUGUUUAUCUUGUUCACAAUUUCCCUUAGUUAUAUUUACAAAUGGUAAAUGUCAAAUUAAUCAAUGUAUUGUACUUAAUCCAUCAAUAAAUGAAUAUUAUUUAUUUACAAUUGAUUUAAUAAAUUUACCUAAAAUUGAUAAUAAUAAUCCUCAAAUAAUUAAAUCAAUGAUUAAUAAUAAACUUAAUUCAAAUAUUUAUUAUAUUUAUGAUUCAUUAUCAAAUGUUUAUUCAAUUGAAAUCUCAUGGAUUAAUCAAAUUGAACAACAACAAAAACAAAUUCAAUCAACAAAUAUUCAACAUAUUAUUAAAUCAAAUAAUUUUAUUCAACAAUUUGGUUUAAUUCAAACAAAUAAUAAAGGACAAUUCCUAGCAAUUCUAACUAAAACACAAAAAAAUGAUCAACAAAAGGAAUUAAUACUUCUACGUCCAAAUUCUUUAUCUUGUGAAUGUGUAACACCAAUUAAAUCUCAUUGUUUAACUGAAUCAAUAAAAUUCCAUCAAUCAAAUUUAUCAUCAGAAUUUCUUAAUCGUAUUCGAACAAUUUUAACACGUGAUCAAUCAAUACCACAUUUAACAAUUUCAUCAUCAUCACAACAAAAUAUUUCAAAUGAAGAGUUUCAAAAUAAUCUUAUUAAAUUUAUAAGAUUAUUUUCUGAAGAAUAUCUUGAUAAACAAGAAAAAGUUCGAAUAGAAUUAGAAAAUAAACAACGUUAUUUAUAUGAUUUUCAACAAACUCAACUUAUUGCUAAACAAGAACUUGAUAUGAAAUUCCAACAAAUACAAAUAACAAUGCAAAAAUUAAAUCAACAAUAUCAACAAGAAUAUGCUCGUCGAAAGCGUUUAUCAUCGAAUGUUCAUGAUCAUUUAUCUAUAAUUGAACAAUGUAUACCUGUUGUAUCUGAUACAGAAAUAUUAAUGCAGCGACAAUUAGAAAAAUAUCAAGUACAAAUAAAUUCUCUUCAAGAAAAACUUUUACUUCUUAAAAAAUUUAUUCAACAACAACAAUUCUUUACUAAUAAUCAACAACAAAUUGAUCAAAAAUCAAUGAUAGAUAUUCAUAAGUUUGUUGAAUAUUUCAGAGAUCAAAUUGAUACAAUGAAACAAAAAUUACAACCUAUUGAUUAG